AUGGAUCAUUCAUGUUUCACAGGAUUUUCAUAUGGCAAACUGAACUCCAUCUUUCCCAUUUUCAUCGGUGUCGCGGACGGGGUCGGCGGGUACCGUCGCCACGGCGUGGACGCCGGCGCCUUCGCUCGGCGGCUCAUGGCGAGCGCUCUGGCGAAGGUGGAGCUGGCGGCCAGGGCCGGCAAGGCCCGUCGCCUCCGACCGGAGGGCGUGCUGGAGAGGGCGUGGGCAUACAUCGGCGACAGCGCCUUCGCCGUGCUCCGGGGCGGCAGGAUGGGGCACUGCUCGGCGGCGCAGCAGCGCCGCUUCAAUUGCCCGUACCAGCUGAACUCCGGCGACGACGGAGACAGCCUCGCCGAGGCGGAGGUCGGCGGCAUGCCGGUGGAGGACGGCGACGUCGUGGUGGCCGGGACGGACGGUCUGUUCGACAACGUGCACGAUAUACAGGUGCUGGAGUUCCGUGGAGUGUGGAGGAUCGUCAUGCUGUUCUUGGUGGGCCAGAGAAGCUUGGUGCCCAGGCCAUACAGGUAG